UGCCCACUCUACCAGUACUGGUCCAGUAGGGACAGACUUUUAUUUACACAGGAGGUAGUGCUCCUGCCUGUUCAGAUUUGCCAGUCUAGGGUGCAGCUGUUUAGCCGUAGUCUAGUUUUAUAGAGAACAGAGGAACUCAGGAUAGACUCCUCCUUGGAGGUUUCAUUUGUCAGACGUGGUGCAGCCCGCUGCAGAGUGCAGACACGAGGCUGCAGACGAAGCAUCGAAGCUGGCUGGCAGUGCCUGCCAUGCUCAACGUGUGCAGAGCGCAUGAGGACGUUUUGAUUACGCUGUUAUGAAUCUGCUCAUAAUUGGGAUUCCGUAAAUGCCCCUACGCGCCAGUCAGUUCUUCCUGCCAUUUUCCUAAAAGCCGUUUUUCCUCGCUACUGUAUUUCGACGACACCCGCACGCUCCUACCGUCACGUAUAACUUAUACGCAACGAUGGACCUUGUCACUGGAAUGGACUAUGUUAGUCAGGGGUUGAAUAUGUUUGUCAGGGAGUGCAAGGUCUUAUCCUGAACGAACCUCCGAAUCAGCCCAGGGCGAAUGUAUCUUCCACUGUUCAGCCUCGGUCUGCUGCUGCAUCAUCUCAACCCGCUGCUGGGAGCAGUCGCCAGAGUUACGAAGAGGAGUGGGAGCAGCUGCGGCAGCUCGAGAGGAUCUCGAACGCUGGUUGGCAACAGCAGUCCAACCAGGGGCCAUCUGGAAUGGCCAUGCAGCCGGGACCAUCGAUGUCAACAGUGAAUUCCUUCCCCGUAGUUUGGCAGGGACAGUUAGCGCUCAAGAACGAUCACGCCCUGGUUCGCAUGCACAUCAUUUCCGGAAAUCAGGAAUUAUCGCGACUGUCGCUUCCUGGUUUUCCUGAUCCCACUCACAAUGUGCUGAAGAUAUCGCAGCGUAUGCCCCUGGAGCAGGCCCAACUUCAUCGUGUCUCCUCUCAAAUGAACGAUACCGACGCGCACUGUGUAUUAGUGGCUUGUGCCACCGGAAAGUCGGCUGCUGAACAGGCUCAUGAGGGCGAUAUGUUACGCAAUGGAUUUGUGAACUAUUUCACAGGAAAACAGGCAGCUGGAAUUGUUAACGUUGCCCUGCACGGUCCGAAUAGCCCGAUACAAUAUGUAAUUCACUUCUUCCCACCGUGCGACUUUUCCAAUCAAGCCUUGGCCCGCUUUGGACCCAGUGUCAUGCAGGCCAUACCAGAGCAGCAGCCGCAUCUUUUUGUUGUCAUCACUAAAAGUUGGGUGUAACUACAACCCCGGUCAACAUCCUGAAAGUCGAUGAAAAGUACCCGUAGUCCCGUUAAUCAACCAAUCAAAGCCUUCUGAGCCAUUCUCGUAACGAUGUUACUUAGUAUUCCAAAAUGGAUGACUGAUCCAUGCCGGAUGGAUUAUUCCACACGAAUUCGAAACCGAAACAGUUUACACCCAGUGUCGAACAGUGAACGAUCGCAUUUGGUAUAUGGUUUUACGAAUUUUUAAAUUGUUUUCUAUCCGCGAAUGAAAGCGUCAGUGCGGCUGUCGGUUGGAACGCGGCAGUAUUAUGUGCACACAAUGUGCUCCUACUGGUUAACUUUUGAUUAAAUACAUUCAUGUGUGCGUGAUACUGUGUAUCGCAUAUUGUAUAUUUUUGUUACGCUUAUCUGCAUAUUAUUUACGUGAAUUUUAGUAUCAUCUGCAUUUUCG